CCGGGCCGCCGCGCGAUGGGCCCGGGGCAGCCGCCUCGGUAGCUCGGCCGGAGCGGCGCCGGGAGCGGGCGGGCGGCGGGCGCGGAGGCGGCGGCGGCGCGGCCGGAGAUGCGCCCCGAGGAGGGCGGCGCGGCCGGGCUGGGCGAGCUGCGCUCGUGGUGGGAAGUGCCGGCCAUCGCGCACUUCUGCUCGCUCUUCCGCACGGCGUUCCGCCUGCCGGACUUCGAGAUUGAGGAGUUAGAAGCAGCUCUACACAGAGAUGACGUGGAGUUUAUCAGCGACCUGAUCGCCUGCCUACUUCAGGGCUGCUAUCAGCGAAGGGAUAUCACGCCUCAGACCUUCCACAGCUACCUGGAGGACAUCAUCAGCUACCGCUGGGAGCUGGAAGAAGGGAAGCCUAACCCCCUGAGGGAAGCUAGCUUCCAGGACCUGCCCCUUCGCACCCGUGUGGAAAUCCUCCACCGCCUCUGUGACUACCGGCUGGACGCAGACGAUGUCUUCGAUCUCCUCAAGGGCCUGGAUGCAGACAGUCUCCGUGUGGAACCGCUGGGUGAGGACAACGCCGGGGCCCUCUACUGGUAUUUCUAUGGGACGCGAAUGUACAAGGAGGACCCAGUACAAGGAAAAUCCAACGGAGAGCUCUCUCUGAGCAGGGAAAGUGAAGGACAAAAAAAUGUCUCAAGUGUUCCUGGGAAAACAGGAAAAAGAAGAGGAAGACCCCCAAAACGGAAAAAACUGCAGGAGGAAACUCUAGUGAGUGAAAAGCAGGAAGAAAACUCCUUAGCAUCUGAGCCGCAGACAAGAAAUGGGUCCCAGGGGCCAGGCCAAGGCUCCUGGUGGCUCCUGUGCCAGACAGAAGAGGAGUGGAGACAGGUCACCGAGAGUUUCCGGGAGAGGACCUCCCUGCGAGAGCGGCAGCUCUACAAGCUCCUCAGCGAGGACUUCCUGCCUGAGAUCUGCAGCAUGAUUGCCCAGAAGGUGUGCAGACAGGGUCCCUGUCCUCCGUGUGUGGCGUCAAGCUGCUCUGGAGACCCCUGUGCUCAGCAGGAUAGAAAAACAGAAACGCAGGGAGGAGGAGGAGGAGCGCCAGAUCCUCCUCGCGGUGCAGAAGAAGGAGCAGGAGCAGCUGCUGAAGGAGGAGAGGAAACGGGAGCUGGAGGAAAGGGUCAAGGCCGUGGAAGAACAGACGGCUGCCCCUCCGGAGCCCCUGACGCACCUGUGCUUUGUGUUCAUGCAGACCGCGCCAAAAGAAGGAAGCUCAGGGAAGAGAGGGCCUGGCUGCUGGCUCAGGGGAAGGCCCUCCCGCCCGAGCUGUCCCACUUGGACCCUCACUCCCCGCCUCGGGAAGAGAAGAGGACGAGAGACCCCUUUGAGCUGGAUGAUGAUUUCACUGCCAUGUACAAAGUUCUGGACGUGGUGAAGGCUCACAAGGAUUCCUGGCCCUUUUUGGAACCAGUGGAUGAAUCGUAUGCCCCUAACUAUUACCAGAUUAUUAAGGUCCCCAUGGAUAUUUCAAGCAUGGAGAAGAAGCUGAAUGGAGGUUUAUACUGUACCAAGGAGGAGUUUGUGAAUGACAUGAAGACUAUGUUCAGGAAUUGUCGAAAAUAUAAUGGGGAAAGUAGUGAGUACACCAAGAUGUCGGACAACCUGGAGAGGUGCUUCCACCGCGCGAUGCUGAAGCAUUUUCCUGGUGAGGAUGGGGACACAGACGAAGAAUUCUGGGUCAGAGAGGAGGAGAAGCGGGAGAAGAGGCGUGGCCGGGCUGCACGCAGCCACGUGUGCACCCGCUCCCGGGACUCGGAGGCGCCCGGCCGGAAGCAGCAGCCCGCGGAGAACGGAGGGAAGUCGCUGCCCCCUGGGCGCCGCGCUGCAUCCUCUGGGGCCGGUGAGAGCAGCGGCUCCGCACAGCCCCCUGGCGAGGUGGGCACCCCGAACAGCCGCAGCCUCCCUGGACCCCUGCAUUACGGUGGACCCGGCCAGGCACCCCUCUCAAGCCAGCUGAGGCCAGCAGGACAGGGAACGUUUUGUCCUCUCCGAGGGUCGGAUCCUGCCACCAUCCGUGUCUCCUCUGGAGCCCCAGAGCCGCACCCCGGCGGGCCUGGACAGCAGCCCCAGCCUUUAGCAGUGCAGCCUCCAGCUGGAAUUAACCACCACCGAGGCCCUCCCGACGAGAAGCCGGGGUGCGGGGGGCUAGUGCCCCUUGGUGACGUGGGAUCGCGCCCUGGACCCUCGCUGCUCGGGCAGAUGAGCGGCCCCAGCCAGGAGGGGACUAUGUAUCCCCCAGCUCAUUUCCAGCCAGGCUUUAUCCCUCCCAGGCACGGUGGGGCUCCGGCCCGACCCCCAGCCUUUCCCGAGAGUUCAGAAAUCCCUCCCAGCCACAUGUACCGAUCCUACAAGUACCUGAGUCGUGUACACUCUACAGUCUGGAAUGGGAAUCACGGUGCUACAAAUCCAGGACCCUUGGGGCCAGAUGAGAAGCCCCCCAUGGGGCCAGGACCCUCUCACCAGCCUCGCACUCUGGGUCACAUGAUAGAUUCCCGAGUGAUGAGAGCACCCCUCCCCGCAAACCAGUGGCCAGAACAAUCAGGCUUCCUACCUCACGGAGUUCCUUCUUCAGGGUACAUGCGACCACCCUGUAAACCUGGCGGACAUCGGUUCCAGCCCCCUCCAGCACCAACGCAAGGUUCUCUCUUUGGAGCACCGGCCCAGGCCCUGCGGGGAAUGCAGGGCGGGGACUCCAUGCUGGACAGCCCAGAGAUGCUCGCCAUGCAGCAGCUCUCCUCGCGGGGGUGCCCGCCAGGCGUGCCUUACCGCCCCCGCCAGCCCGCGCCGCCUCCCGUGACUGGCCCUUUCCCCCCAGUGGGCGUGGCGGCCCCCAAGCCUGCCUCGGGGGACCCUGGGCGGACACAGGACAGCAGGGAAACACUGGAGCCUGAGAACGGAAGAGCAGAUCCCUUGCCUGGGCUCGAGGAGAAACCAGCCAGUGUUGGUGCUUUGGAGGGGGCGUUCCUCAAGCAGCUACCUCACCCCGCGCCCCUGCUGCAGGCCGACUGUGCCAGGCGGAGCUCGCCCCAGGGAAGGGAUGCCGAUGGCCCAGAGCUCAGGCACGAGUCCUCGGAGCCUGGAGACAGCUGCCCAGUGAACGCGGGCAGGGGCGCCUGGCUCUCGGGGAGCGGCUUCGCAGGCCCAGCCGCCCAGGGGUGCGCCCUAGCAGACCCGGGGGCGCUGCCUGAAAACGGACUGAGGGUGGAAGCCUCCCCGUGUGGGUCUGAGGGCAAGGGCAGAGCGCCACCGGAGGCCGUGCCGCCCGCCGAGCCCGCGUGCUCCGCCCUGUACGCGCCUGGCCUGGAGUACCCCAGCUCCACCGCACGGUACCACGUCGGCCCAGGCCUGCAGGCUGUGGGCCCCGUGAUGGGGGGCAAGCCCUCAGCCCCGCACCCUCAGCCUUUUCCCCCUCGGGCGUUUCCGUCCCACGACCCUCAUUCUGGAGUCUUCCCCCGGUACCGCCCUCACCAGGGAAUGAGGUACCCCUACCAGCCGCCACCUCAGCCUUCCUACCAUCACUACCCGCGGACUCCUUAUUACUCGUGUCCACAGGGCUUUUCAGACUGGCCGAGACACCUGCCUGCCCCGGGAAGCCCGAGCGGGCCCCCGCCGGCUCAGCCUGCCCCUGCCAGGCCCCUCUUCCUCGAUAAGAGCGCUGGGGCCGGGCUGCAGGGCUGCGAGGCGCUGAGCGCUGCCUUAACUUCCCCCGCGCGGGUGGACGCCGUGGUCGCCAAGACAGCUGAUGGGCAGAAUCCUGGCCCAGAGGAGAAGCAGGAUGAGUCUAUGGAGAGGCCAGAGAGUCCCAAAGAAUUCUUGGAUCUGGACAACCACAAUGCAGCUGCCAAGCGGCAGAGCUCACUGUCAGCCAGCGAGUACCUCUGCGGAACGGCCCCUGCAGCGCUGAGCUCGGCGGUGGGCUUCGGUUCUUCUGUUUUCCCCCCGCACGGAGUGAUGCUGCACGCGGGGCCUCCUUACCAGCCGCAGCGGCCGGCCGGGCGUUUCCAGCCCAGGGCUUACUCCUCCCCCACGGCUGCUCACCCGCCUCACCGCCCAGUGGUGGCCCAGCCCAAUGGCCUGUCCCCCGAGUGCCCCCUCUACCGCUACCCAGAAGAGGGCCUGGGCCACUUCCAGGCUGUGAUGAUGGAGCAGAUGGGCCCUGGAAGUGGGGUGAGGGUGCCUUUCCAGGAGAUGCACAGACCAUCCGGACUGCAGAUGCACCCGGCCCAGUCCCGGCCCUCGUUCCCAAAGACACCGGCACCAGCAGCUCCGCAGGAGGGGCUGCCACCACAUAAGCCCCCAACACUUCCUCUCGAUCAGAGCUAGUCCAAGGAGGAAACAAGCCCCAGGGAAACAGAAAGCUGCAUAUGACAAGGGUGGAGAACGGGGAGGAGGGGGGGCACGGCCCCGCCCACCUCUCCCAUCAUUGGCAUCACUUCGUGCGUCCCAGAGCCUGGACGCCCCUCCUCACCGACGCACCUGCUCGCGAGGUCGUGGGCGAGAGUGGAGACCAGAUGGGCUGGACUCUGGUGGCUUUUCCAGACCCUGAGACUCUUGUUCAGGGAAGAUCAUCCUGACCUGCGGGGGGGGCGGUGCUGGUGGGCUGUCAUGGCAGCUGCACUCAGGUAUACGUUUGGGGAAGGGACUACUCGUGUUGGAUGUGUUUGGAGCUGGGUCCAGUUUACAGAGUUUUCAUGUUGCCUUUAAGAUGAUUUCUGUCUUUGGUGGUGAAUGUAUUGUACAUAAAGCCUGCAGGGCCGGUGGUGGGGAUGGAGUCUGGCCGGUGGGCCCGCAGCCCUGCUGACCCUCCUCUGUUUACAGCCCUGACCCACUCACAUUUGGGAGCUGGGGGAGAGGCAGGCAAGGCCGCCGUGUUUCCGCUAACGAGCUCUUCCCUGUCAGCCUGAGGGGCAGCUCCCUCGCCUGGUGCCCAGGUCCUGGUCCAAGACAGCAGUGCCCCUCCUGGUUGGCUAGCUGCCCCGCCAGAUAGUUGUAAACCAAUAUCAGGAGCAUUUGCUCGUUAGAAGGUGAGGUGACACGUCCCCAUCACAGACCUGCCGGGACUGUGGUCUAGAAGACGUCACAAGCUUCCUGGCACGAAUCACAGUUUGUGGCAGUGACUACUCAGGUUUGUAUAUGUUUAGUAUCAAUAAAGAAGCUGCACAGUUUUUAAUAGGAAAAUGUAUUCUAUAGAUUUACAGCUUGAAUUUAGGAAUAUUUUAGUAUAUAUAGUUUUUAUUCAUUUUAUGUGAAUCAUAGUAAAAUAAGUCAUGGUGAUUUAAAAUAGCUAUCAAGAACAAGUUCUUGAAAUCACUUGUCUGUCUGUGAUAGGAAACAGUUUUACAGUAUUAAGUUACUUUAUUACAGUUUUAGAAGCCAACGACACUGGAUUCUCCCUGUUUAGCAUUCUUUGAUUUUAGCUGAGAUGCCACCAAAGUUAGGACUCAUACGUUUUAAACUUUCGAAUAUCCCACAAAGGAAAAAAGAAAGAAAAAAAAAAAACAACUAAGGAAGAUGCCCUCAA